AGAGCUUUUUAACAAACAUUUCCUACAAUUCUCUCCAUAAAAUGCUUCUGUAACCCCAAGAUUGCGUGUAUUCUCUCUUGUGUUGGAGUAAUGGGAAAUUAUUUUACAAUCCCGUCGUCGAAGACCGCCGGAAAAGUAAUUCUAUCUGAUGGUAGAGUUCAUAAGUUUGAGAAACCCUUAACCGUGGCCGAGCUGAUGCUAGAGUACCCACAACAAGUGGUGGUGGAAUUCCGCUCUGAUUUAUCUGAAAAGAGGCCAACUCCAUUGCCAGCUGAUCAGAAGCUAGACAUGAAGAAGGUGUACCUAAUGCUGCCAAUGAAGAGAGGAAAGCCUGCAUCAUUGUCUUCAGAGGAAGCUAGGCAAGUCCAUUCGGUUUUAAGAUCGAGGUCUCUUUUAGCUUCAUCGAGGUUUCUGCCUUUGUUUGCUAGAAUUUGGGCUGCACGUGGGAUUGAAGAGGGACAGAUGACGACAAUGAAGUUUGUUUCGGAGAGGACGGAAAAUGAUUCGGAGUUAAUGUUGCCGGAGAUUUUGGAGAAUAGACCUGAGUAUUUGAGCAGCCAACUUUCAGGCAAAAGGUGGAAACCUAGCUUGGAUACCAUUAAAGAAAAGAAGGUGAAGAAAAUGAUACUUUACUGGUUGUUUAAUUUCAAUUCCAAGCUUAAUUAAUUAGUAAGGGUUUGUUCGUUUGCAUGUGGAGUUUGUUAUGUUGUCGAUUGUUGCAAAUUAAGCCAGCAGGAUUAAAUUAUACCGAUAUUAGCUGCUUUAAUAAUCAAUUAAGAAGUUACAAACGUGCUUAUCUAAUA